AGUCUGGGCGCGUCGAGUGGUUUGUUCCGUGGAGCCUCCGAGAAAAGCACGCGAAGGACAGGGUUCUGCGAGGAGAGAGACUCAGAGCAGUCUGGGAAUUGUAGUCCAGUUGGCUUAGCCGGAGAUUCGGGGUGAGCGCCGAGGUUCCGGGAAGGGGCUGAACAGGUCUGAAAAGAGACUGUGACUAUGCCUCUUAACUCUGUAGCUGGAGCAUAAGAACUGUUUGUUUCAUGAAUGACCUAUCCAUUUAGGACCUAUUUAGACCCUGAGGAUAACCCUGUGAAUUGCUGAUAGUUCACUGGGUCUGUCCCUUAAUGUUGGUUUCAUUAUGCUGAGACGAAAACCAACCCGUCUGGAGCUGAAGCUUGAUGACAUUGAGGAGUUUGAAAGCAUUCGAAAGGACCUGGAGACCCGUAAGAAACAAAAGGAAGAUGUGGAUGUUGUAGGAGGCAGUGAUGGAGAAGGUGCCAUUGGGCUCGGCAGUGACCCCAAGGGCAGGGAACAGAUGAUUAAUGAUCGAAUUGGUUAUAAACCCCAACCCAAGCCCAACAAUCGUUCAUCUCAAUUUGGAAGUUUUGAAUUUUAGAGGUGGAUUAUCUUGUGUGCCAGAGCCCUGGAAUGGAGUAAAAUGAUGGCAGAAAUACAAACAAGAUUUAGAGAAUUGAGUGCUUGCAGUCAAGCCGAAUAUUUUACAUCCUGCAGAGAGAGAUACUUCUGCAUGAGAUUGCUGAUGCUUAACUUUCACUUGGAAAGCUGAAAUUCAAGCUCUGGUUUGUCUCUGGAAAAUCUGACUCGAUAAAACUUGUCUGAUUUUUGUUUUUAAAAAUAAAUAUAUUUUUGGAAAAGUGUGCGACAUCCUUAAUGAAGUAUAAUAGCACCGUUAAAUUGCUACAUUUUUCCCAUCUUUAUUAAAAGACCCUAAACAGAACACUUCCAGUUGAUCCCUGUCACUGAUUUUUAACUCGUUUAUUCAACAAGUAUUUAUUGAGAGUGCCAGGUACCAUUCUAGGCACUUGGUAACAUCAGUGAACAAAUCAAAGAUCCCUGCCCUUGUGGAGAUUAGAUUCUCAUGAUUUUGUAUAAGCUCGAUCAAGUUGUGGAUUUCCAGUAUCUUUACAGAAUGGCUUUGUAACCAGUUUGGGUGUAAUUUUGGGAGGACAGGCAGUGGAGUAUCAGUAUUACCGUCAUUCCAGUUUUCCUUCCUUUCCCAAAUCGCCUAAGUUUUUCUGACAAGCCAAUCUGCCAGGCAGCUCAGAGGCUAAUUUAGAAUCAUGUCUUAUUGUUUUCACUGUUUAAUUCAACUGCUGGGAACUGCUAACUGUGGUAGCAAGAACCUCUGGAAUCAUCAGUUCCAAAAAGACCUGUUAGCAGGAUUUUACCCAGCCUUUCUGGGGCAGCUUAAGUCUGGGAAGUAAGAAUGUGGGAGAGAGGCAGGAAUAGAGGAGGAUGUAUAGUUUCCCUUCUUCCUCCAACCAUUCUUACAAAACCUCUGUUCUUCCAGUUUUAUCUGGGAUCUCCCAUUCAUUUAUCUUAAUCUUGAAAACACAGCAAGAAUGGGUUCCAGAUAAGGAAAUUGAGUUUGAUUAUUUUGAAUCCUACAAAAUUCAGUCUGGAAGGGCAAAAGAAAAAAAGAAAAGGAUCAAACAAGACUGCUUCAACAUGUCACUGUGACUUCCCAGCAUGAACAGGCACAGAAGCAUGAAAACAUGGUGCCUCCUGAUACCAAUACUCAAGAGGAAUCUGGGUGGAAGACACUGUACCAAGUGCUUUAUGC